UUCAACCGUUACCGUUGCACCACUAUGACUGUGAAAAACAUUUUAUUCGGUCAUUUAACAAAUUGUUUCAUAAAAGUGAUGUGCUACAAGCGGCACAUCAAUUACCGUGGAUUUUUGCUAACGGAAGAGAAGGAGAAUUCGACAAGUUGAGCAAUUCUGACCAGUGGUUCUGUCAGUGCAAGAGCAACAUAGAUUUUGCGCUUAGAAAGAUGAAAGAUCGGUUUCCACAUUUGGUAGCCAUGUUUCUUGUCUUUAGCAGAACCGCAAUCAAUGAAAUGGCAUGGCUUGUAGACAGCGUUUUUAGCUUGUUCAAGCUGCUUCGGAGUUCCAAAUCAGAGAAGAGACUUCUGAUUUUGUGUGACGAGCAAAGUACUGUAGAUAGUCUAGUGAAGUCGUGUACUGUGAGGGAAGACGUCGUCCGUAACCAUUGUGUUGCCGGACUACAGUGGCCUAUGGUGGCUCAGAUUAUCACCGAGUUGACGGAGACUCUUCCAGACAAAGAUGGUGAUAAACAUCUCCUUACAAGCUCUGGAGACGUAACUUGUGUCCCGCAAAAGAAACUAAGUGAGUGGAUAAGUAUAGAAGUAUUGGACUGUCAUGAAUAUAAGAAGGGUGUGGAAAACGAUCGCAUACCUAUUGUUGAAGGAAACUUUUACAGAGGAGAGCCAAUAUCUUGGGACAACCUUAAAUUAAAUCAUGACAUUAAACGAGAUAUGACAAUCAAAGUGAAGCAAUGCGUCCGGGAUCGCUUAAAUGCCAGGUCCAGUCAAAAAAAGCUGGCCGAAAAUUUUACGAAAGUAAUCUCUAUCGCUAUAGUAACUAUUUUGCAUCGACCGGGUACUGGAGGAUCUUCUUUGGCAAAAAGAAUUAUGUGGGAUUUACACCAAGAAUCAAAGUGUCGCUGUGCAGUCAUUGAAGGUAUUACUGAGAGAACUCUGCAAUGUUUGGAGGAACUCCAAAGGUUUGGUGAGAAAAAUUCUCAUAACGGCGAAUGCUUACCAUUACUGUUGUACUGGGAUGGUGAUGACGCCGACCAGUUUACUAAUUUAGUUUAUCAGCUUUCUAAACGAGGCGUACGUGGUGUCAUUCUUGAAGUCAAGGCCUUGUCAUAUCCGGAUAUGAAUGAAGACGAGGUCUUGGGCGAUGCUACUUUCUUAGUUCCAAGCCAGCUUAGAGAUUCUGAAGUAGAUCGCCUGAAAGCCAUUAUCAGAAAGCUAAAGAAAAGCCGAGAAACGGAGAAUCAAUUGCUUCAAGAUGUUGAUCGUGAUCGACAGUUGUUCUACUUUGGUUUGCGUCUGUUUGGCAAACGUUACAAUCAGCGAAAGUUGACGGAGUACGUAGAGUCGAGACUUCGUAUUAUGAGCUACGUUGAACAACAGUUGCUCCAGUUUUGCAGCUUUGUUUAUUUUUACGGUCACAUGUCCAUUCCUCGAUCCUGCUUUAAAGAUGCCUACUCUUCCGGUUUGGCAAAUGCCUAUGAUGUCGAGAUGUUUAGUAAGAGCAGUGUCAGUUCGUCGUGCAGCGACUUACUACUUGAAGUUCCGGAAACUACAGAUAAAUAUGUAUACCACGGAUGGAGACCAGCUCAUCAGCUGGUGGCAGAAAUCAUACUGAAAGAGCUCGAUCCGGUUCAAACUGCUACCGACUUUAUGUCUACAAUGCUUCGACAGAAAUCCUUUGGAACGAAGUACCUUGCUGAAGUGGCUUGUGAGCUGUUUUGCAAGCGAACGUAUUUCCACAAAGGUGAUGAAUGGUAUGAUGAAUACGAUGAAAUUGCAACUGAUUUCUAUAAUGACAAAGAUCAACAUGACCAUGCGAAGCAGGCUAAGAGUAGCCGCUAUUCUCUCUUCCUAACACAAAUUUUGGAUUCAGAUAAAUAUGGCGUGGACUUUGUCAUUGCGAUCUGGUUUACUCUGUGCACGUUUGUCAGAGAAAAUGCGUAUGGUUGGCAGCACUUUGCAAGGUUUUUGGCUUUAGACGUACAAGAUAGGCAAGUGAAGCCACUACUGUGUUAUUACACAUGCGAACUACUCAGUAGACACGUGGGGAUGGAAGACUACGGGAGUUUAGCUUUGUUUCCUAACUGUGACGUUCGUCAAGCGUACUUGCAAGGUGAUGAUGAGGUUACAGCAGCUGAUCUUCCGGAUAUGAAUGGGUUUGAGCUUGCCCAAAGCUGUAUACGCGAAGCCCACAUACUUCAACUCAAAGUCAGUGCUAUCUACUGUACGGAAGGCUUAAUAUAUAAAACAAAGUUAGAAUGCUUUGCUGGUAAUCUAAAGAAGAACGAUGUGCAGGUAUCUACGUCUGAUAUAGAAAAAGCUCUGACUAUAACCGAUUCUGCUAUUGAAGCAUUUAAGAAAGCUCAGUCUUGUCGUCAACGUUACCGCAAUUGGCAUCCAUUGGUGGGCGAAAUUCAAGUCUGCCUUAAAAUGCUUCAAAUUAUAAAAGAUUGGUCUGCAUUUGAGAAGCGCUAUAAAACACCGGAUCGGUUGUCGUUCGAAUCUCUCGUCAGCGGUGAGCUGGUUGAUUUACCUGGCUCUCUGUCGCCAGAACAUGGCAAUCUAUUGAGGUCCUUAGUUCAGCGUAUUCUUCAUCUUUUACAUAUCGUCUUCCAGCAUGAAAGCGCAGUGCAUGCUGAUCGUUCUUCCGAAGAGCCAAUUCAACGACGCUGGAAGAGGGCUGUUAUUGCUGCUGCCGACUUGCAGAUGCAGCUUUACGCGACCUUAUCGUUCAAAACAGAGCAAAUAUAUGCUAACAAGGCCUGUUGGAGAAAUAACCCUAAAAUGCGAGAGUUGUUGUCUGACUCCAUUUUGAAAGAUUACCACGAGCAUCCGUUUAGUUCUUGGAAUUCCGUACCUCCGAGAGUUACACAGAAACUGAUCGACCUGCUCAUGCCCGUUGUGAAAGAAAGAGGACACAAAGUAGGUUGUUCUACAGUGGUGAUGCUUAUACGAGCAUGUCUAGAAAUAGACAAGCCGCCCAAAUGGAGUGAUAUAGUAGAAUUGGUUCACAAUUGCUGCAUCGACUUUCCUCAGUCAGAGUGGGCGUUUAUGUUUCGAGGAAUCAUUCAUUUUCCUUUGCCGGACGAUCAACAACGAGGUAUGACUAAUUCAAAACUUGCUGUUGACUCUUUUCGCACUUGUGAGAGGCUAGUUGAAACGAAACCGUUUCAAUUCAAGAGAGCAAGGCCACGGUAUUUUGUAGGCAGAAAUAGUGACGGUUGUGUGUUUGUACCAUUCAACAGGGUCUCGUUCUGGGACGGUCAUUUGGAGCGUCACAAGACCGAAGGAAUGUACCUCAACUGUCAGGAAUGGUGGAGAAGUCACCCUGCAUGGACACGACUGGCCAGACUCGAGGGAACUAGACUGGACAGAAACAAAAUUAACUAUAGGGGAAUACGAAUUCUUAUGGACAAAGAUCCUAAUCCUAAUUCAGAAGGCCGCGAAAAAUUGUGGUUUUGUGUCGGCUUCACUGUGCAAGGUCCGGUUGCUUUUGAUCCCGUGGACAAAGACACGUACGCUAACCUGCUCGAUGCGGAAGCUAACGGCGAGAUUCCACACUUUGAGGAAAUUAUAAAAGCAAAACGCCUCCAGACUGACAAGACAAUCGACGAUACCGACCAACAACCAGGGCAAAAGCACGGGAUCACGAAGACUGAAGAAUUGCUUCAAAAUACUUCUCAUGCAAGAGAUACUCCUUUGUCACCGGUACCGUCAGAUGAGAUAAAACCAGACUUCAAAUUGAAACCCAAGACGUAUCAGACAGGCCGAGCGCAACAGUCUGCAAAAACGAAAACUAAACUCAGUGGAGAUGACCUAGUAAACAGAAAGGUAAAAUCUCGAGACCUAAAGACGUCACAUCCGACUGGUGAAUCUGAACAUCCGGUAUCCACUAAGAGAGCAUUGUUAACUCCUGCCUCAAUCAGCUCUGACGUUGCGCUGGGAACGACUCCUAGUAAAAAUCCUAGAUUCGAGACACAUACCUUGGAUGUACAUUCACAGACAUCUGACGAGAACAAAGCAUUCACUGACGGCGACGGUUGGCAAGUGGUAGCGUCAAAAUCGAAAUUUGGUCGAAGAAGGCGUUUUGAUCCAUCGAACUGUGUUCUGAGCAUUGCAGGUAUUGGAGGCCUCUCUAAAAAGGACAUCCGCCAAGCAGCUGCACAGUUUGGUCCAUUCAAGUUGCGCCUGGACAAAGACCAUGCUAGCCUUGUCUAUGAGUCACGCGAAAACGCCGAAUCUGCAAAGAUGGGUCUUCCAACAGCAUUCGAAGGUCGAAUUAUUGUGGUAGAAUGGGAGAAGUAGGUACUAUACUACAUAUGUGUAUAGUAUAUAUUAUUAUACUAGCAUGAAUUGUUAGAGUAAUACAGUUUCUGUACACUAUCUCAGUCUUCUUUAUUCUGUGGCAGUAAAGGA